GCUCACUUGGACCUGAGCCUCAGUGAGAGCAGCAGCAUCAUGAGCGACUCUAAAAGCCCCAGCAGGGUGAAGACGGUGGUGAUCGGGCUGCUGGCGCUCUGGGCCGUCYUCUCCAUCAUCAUCAUCGUGGUGUGGGCCACCUCGCCCGACAUGAAGGGCUCGGCCCAGUGCCGCGCCGAGCUGAGGGACGCCACGGAGAAGAUGGAGGGGGCCAAGGUGGUCUUCGCCAAGGACAGGGCGGCCCUGGAGGACCUGGUGCGGGACGCCCGGAAGGACCAGGACCGGCUGAAGGGGGAGAUCCUGGUCCUGCUGGGGCYCCUCAGCACCACCAACAACACGCUGGAGGAGUGCCGGCAGGACAACGUCGUCCUGAACAGAAACAUCUCCGUCCUGCAGGAGGAGGUGCAGGAGCUGCAGCAGAGGGAGGCCAACCUAACGGAACGGCUCGGCCUGCAGGAAGACAGGAUGGAGGCCCUGCAGCAGAACCUGACCCAGGCGGACCACCAGACCGAGGCCUGCCUGAGCCUGAAGGCAGCAGCCGACAGUCAGCUGCUGGCGGCUCAGAGUCAGACCAGAGCCUGCGAGUCCAACCGGCAGUACCUGCAGAAACAGCUUCAGAAGUGUAAAGAAGCAGAAUCUGAGGCUCGGCAGGAGACGCAGCAGGCGGGAGGCUCCUCCUCCUCCUCUCCAGGCGACAGCGCCGCUCCCCUCUCUGCUGGCAUUCCUGCGCUGACGCUGCUCCUGUGUGGCGCCCUGUGUCUGAUGACAUGAGCUCGGGGUGACGGUCGGUCAAACCGCCGGCGAGGGCCGAGGUCCAGGAGGGGGCGGAGCCUGGAUGUCGACAGGAAGCCGGCCGCACACACUUCCUGUCUGCGGCGGAGACACAAACUUUGCUUUAAACUUCACAGCUGAGGCGUUUAAGGAGCGUGGGACUUUUCAGAGCUCGUCAGCUGAUCCACGGUUUUUAUUCUGGUUUUAUUUGAAGCUUUAUUCUGAUUUACUGUGUGAAGAGAUUUAAUCUGCUGUAACGUUUUAACAGCUUGAAGCUUUUUGUUUUUUCACCGUCGGACGACUCGACGCUUUAAACUGAUGCUGUUGGAGGGUCGGGGGGCUCAGGGUGGGAUGUARUCUUUUAAAUAAUAAACCUGAGCUGUUUCUAAGAAAA